GACGCUGUCGGGUGCGGACUGUAUGUCUCUUUUCGACUGCAUCUGUCAAACGUUCCGAUAUCGUAAAAGUGUAUCACUUUCAUGAAGCAUGGGAUGUUGGACUGACUGAGAGGAACUCACAACAAUAAUGGCGCGAACUGUGCUAGCAGGCGGGGCCUUGCUCUGCGCCUUGAGCAUAGCACACGCGCUCAUCCUCGUGCCGCACGAUGUCCGGCCCGGGCACGCAGUUCGACAUUUCACCGGCAACCAUUCCAGAUACACGCUCCUUGACCCCGAGUACGCUCCCUUCUUCACACUCCUCGAUGACGGCCUACUCAUGACCACAGCUGACCUAGAACCGCUACUUAAUCAGCCGCUCAACCUCGCCGUCUUGGAGCAAACGCCAUACAGUAGCGCCGCCCACUCCAUCCACCUCUUAGUCGUGGACAGAAGGACGAUGCUACAUUUUGCUGGUGCUGACCACCUGCGGGGAGAGAUUCCCGAAAAUGCGCCAGCAGGCACUGCCGUUGACCUUCCCCCACUCAAGGCUACUGCAUUAGUCGACGUAGGCCCCAUCGCCUACAAAAUUCUCAAGGGGAACCAAGACUCCGUGUUUUCGCUGCGAGAUAAAAGUAAAGGUUCACACGAAAUUCCUGCCGUCAAAUCUGUCAUUACGGAGGGCGAUAUAGAGAUUAUCGCUACAGAACCGCUGGACACUGAAGAAAAGAGUUUCUACGAGUUGGUUAUUCAAGCGACGGACCUUCACGGGGCCAAUAAAGUCAGCCUGCCCGUCCGGAUCGACGUCACUAAUGAAAAUGACCACCAGCCCCUUUUCGAGCAAGAGAUCUAUUAUUUUGCUGUGAAUGGGACACCUAAUGAAAAUGGUCCGAAUGGUACGGCUCAUUGGCAGAGAUUCUCUAGUAUUGGCACGGUUCACGCUUACGAUGCUGACGGCGAUCGGGUGUAUUAUUCAUUGACUAACCCGAGCAAUCUGGCAGUUAUAGUGCCGCAGACGGGGGAGUUAAUUUUGGCGGGUGAACCUGACAGCCACGAGGCGGAGUUGAGGGUGCUUGCUCACGACACUGGCUCUCCGCCGCGUAAGAGCCGACCUGCUCGCGUCUUUCUCGAAUUCGUGAUCCGCAAUAGAAAGAAAUUGCCAACGCUUCACCGCGAGAAGCGUCGCGUUACUCGUGCAGUCCGUCCGACGAAACGUAUCGAAUUCACCGAAGCUGACGGUGAGGUAGAAGGACGUGCAGUUUUUACGCUUGAAAAAGAAACCGACCGCGAGACAUUUAAAAUUCGGGACGAAAAUCCAUGGGUUACCGUUGAACCAAGUGGUGUAGUGAAAGUUAAAAAGAAGUGGGACUAUGAGGAGUUGGGACCUGAGAAGACCAUUGACUUCUGGGUGACAAUCACCAACGCUGGAAAUGGAGUGGCCUUAAAAUACACGGACAACCAGCGAGUGAUCAUCCACGUGAAAGAUGUCAACGACGAGCCUCCUUACUUCAUCAAUCGACCGCUGCCGAUGCAGACAGUGGUGCAACUCAAUGCUGCUCCGAACACCCCAGUCUUCACGCUCCAAGCCCGUGACCCUGACACGGACCACAAUAUUCACUACUUCAUCGUGAGGGACAGGACUGGAGGCAGGUUCGAAGUGGACGAGAGGUCUGGCGUCGUCAGGACGAGGGGAACAGACCCCUUUCAGCUGGAUAUGGAGUACGUGCUGUAUGUGAAGGCUGAAGAUCAGAGUGGAAGAGUAGACGAAAGGAGGUUCCAGUCAACGCCAGAGGAACGAUUGAGCAUCGUCGGUGGAAAGCGCGCUCCUCAAUUCUACCUACCAAGCUAUGAAGCCGAAAUCGCUGAAAACCAGAAAAAGGAUUCUGACAUAAUCUCGGUCAAAGCAAAGUCCUUCGCCGACCGUGAAAUCCGGUACACCUUGAAGGCUCAAGGACAAGGAGCUGGCACCUUCAACAUCGGCCCCACCUCUGGCAUUGUAAAGCUGGCUAAGGAACUCGACUUUGAAGACCUACGGCAGCCUCACGUGUACUCCUUGGUGGUGACCGCGACAGAAGACUCUGGAGGUUUCUCAACUUCGGUUGAACUCACCAUCCGAGUGACAGAUGUCAACGACAACGCUCCCAAGUUCGAGCUGCCGGACUACCAAGCUCAUAACGUAGAUGAAGACAUCCCGCUUGGCACCAGCAUCCUGAAGGUCAAAGCCAUGGACGCCGACUCCGGGAAGAACGCAGAGAUCGAGUAUUUGGUUUCAGAUGAUCACUUCAGCGUGGAUUCCAAUGGCAUUAUAACGAACAACAAGCAGUUGGAUGCUGACAACAACAACGCUUAUUACGAGUUUGUGGUCACCGCCAAAGACAAGGGAGAGCCGGCCAAGACUGGAACCGCCACCGUCAGAGUUUACACCAAGAAUAAGAACGACGAAGAACCGAAGUUCUCACAACAGGUAUACACGCCGAAUGUCGACGAAAAUGCUGGCCCAAACACUCUGGUGACCACAGUCGUUGCCUCGGACAAAGAUGGUGACAAUGUCCGAUUCGGAUUCGUCGGUGGCGGCACUAGUUCCGGACAGUUCGUCAUCGAAGAAAUUACCGGUGUAAUUCGACUCCACAACAAAGGCAUAUCCCUAGACCGAGACAAGUACGAACUGAAUGUUACCGCGAUGGACGAUGGCGCUUGCUGUGUCAAUGGCGACGCUACCAUACACACGUCGACUGCGGUCGUCGUAGUCUUUAUCACAGACGUAAACGACAACAAACCUAUCUUCAAAGACUGUCCCACGUAUUUCCCGAAAGUAGAAGAAGGUGCACCAAAUGGCAGCCCCGUCAUAAAAGUACACGCAACAGAUGAAGACAAAGGCGUCAACGGUCAAGUGAAAUAUUCGAUAGUACAGCAACCAAACCAGAAGGGGACAAAAUUCACUGUUGACGAAGAAACUGGCGAAGUGUCCACUAACAAAGUAUUCGACAGGGAAGGUGAUGAUGGAAAGUUUGUAUCGGUGACUGUAAAGGCCACCGACCAGGGAGAACCCUCCCUGGAAGGUGUCUGCUCGUUCACAGUUGAAAUUACUGACGUAAACGAUAACCCUCCACUAUUCGACCGACAAAAAUAUGUGGAGAAUGUAAAACAAGACGCCAGUAUUGGUACAAAUAUUUUAAGAGUAUCGGCUUCCGACGAAGAUGCCGACAAUAAUGGCGCCAUAGUUUAUACUUUGAGCGCACCUUUUAACCCCGCCGAUAUUGAAUAUUUUGAGAUCCAACCUGAAUCAGGUUGGAUCGUACUCAAGAAGCCUUUGGACCGGGACAGGUAUCGGCUGCGCGUGCGCGCGUCGGACCGCGGCGCGCCGCCCUCCUCGGCGGACGUGGACGUUGAGUUAGACGUGGUAGACAGGAACAAUAAGCCCCCCAUCUGGGACAUGACCACGUAUGGCCCCGUUCACAUCAAAGAGAAUGUCACAGUGGGUACCGUAGUGACCAGUGUGAAAGCCAGCUCGGGAAUAGAAAACAAUCCGACGGUGUUCUACCGCUUGAUGCCAGGAUCGACAGCACAGACCAAUAAGUUCCAUACAUUCUAUUUGCAACAACGAGCCGACAAUGGGAAUACUUGGGCGGACAUAAAAGUAAAUCAUCCGUUGGACUACGAAAGCAUCAAGGAAUACAAUUUGACCAUUCGUGUAGAGAACAACGGCGCCCAACAACUGGCUUCAGAAGCAACGGUGUACAUCCAGCUGGAAGAUGUGAAUGAUGAGAUCCCACUCUUCACGGAGCGAGAGCAAGAGACGGUGCUGGAAGGCGAGCCUAUCGGGACCAAGGUCACGCAGGUCAACGCCAUCGACAAGGAUGGAACGUUCCCGAAUAACCAGGUGUACUACUACAUCGUGGACUCACCCCGCAACGAGGGCAAGGACUUCUUCGAGAUCAGCAUGCAGACCGGGGAGAUCUUCACCAAGGUGGUGUUCGACAGGGAGAAGCAGGGCGCCUAUGCGUUGGAGGUGGAGGCGAGGGACGGCGCUCCGUCGGCGCGGCCGAAUUCCGACAACCAGCCCAAUUCAGUGACAAAAUUCAUCCGUAUCGGCAUCGCGGACAAGAAUGACAACCCUCCGUACUUUGACAAGGAGCUGUAUGAGGCGGAGGUCGACGAGAAUGAGGACAUCCAACACACCGUCCUCACCGUCACCGCCAAAGAUCACGACGAAUCGUCGCGUAUUCGAUACGAGAUCACGAGCGGGAACAUAGGCGGCGCGUUCGCCGUCAAGAACAUGACUGGCGCCAUCUACGUGGCCGGCGCGCUCGACUACGAAACUAGGAAACGGUACGAGCUGAAGUUGGCCGCGUCGGAUAACCUGAAGGAGAACUACACCACGGUCGUUAUCCACGUCAAAGAUGUCAACGACAACCCGCCCGUGUUCGAGAGGCCCACCUACCGCACUCAGAUCACCGAGGAAGACGACAGAAACCUACCCAAACGAGUUCUACAGGUGACGGCCACCGAUGGGGACAAGGAUAGACAGCAAAAUAUUGUAUAUUUCCUAACUGGACAAGGCAUCGAUCCCGAUAAUCCUUCAAACAGCAAAUUUGACAUCAAUCGUACCACAGGAGAGAUUUUCGUUUUGAAGCCUUUAGAUCGCGAUCAGCCAAAUGGACGACCGCAAUGGAGGUUCACAGUUUUUGCCCAAGAUGAAGGAGGUGAAGGGCUUGUCGGAUACGCUGAUGUCCAAGUCAAUCUCAAAGAUAUUAACGAUAAUGCGCCCAUUUUCCCACAAGGGGUUUAUUUCGGUAAUGUCACAGAAAACGGCACCGCCGGCAUGGUUGUUAUGACAAUGACCGCCAUAGAUUACGAUGACCCAGCUGAAAGUAAUAACGCGAAGCUUUGGUACUCAAUUGAGAAAAAUGUCAUAGAAGAAGAAACUGGAUCACCCAUUUUUGAAAUUGAACCUGAAACUGGUGUUAUUAAAACUGCAGUGUGCUGCUUGGAUCGUGAACGAACGCCUGAUUAUUCUAUACAAAUAGUAGCAUCGGAUGGAGGGGGGUUAAAAGGAACGGGGACAGCAUCUAUACGAGUUAAAGAUAUAAACGAUAUGCCGCCACAGUUCACAAAAGAUGAAUGGUUCACUGAAGUCGAUGAGACUGACGGAACGAAUUUGCCUGAAAUGCCGAUUCUUACAGUGACUGUUCACGAUGAGGAUGAAACCAACAAGUUCCAAUACAAAGUGAUCGAAAACAGUGGGUAUGGUGCUGAUAAGUUUACUAUGGUUCGAAAUAAUGACGGUACUGGUUCACUUAAGAUUGUGCAACCACUUGAUUAUGAAGACCAAUUACAAAGUAAUGGUUUCAGAUUUAGAAUACAAGUUAAUGAUAAGGGUGAAGAUAAUGACAACGAUAAAUAUCAUGUAGCUUAUUCUUGGGUUGUAGUUAAACUUAGAGAUAUAAAUGACAAUAAACCACAAUUUGAAAGAGCUAACAUAGAAGUAUCUGUAUAUGAAAAUGCAGAAGUAGGUAAAAGUUUAGAGACGUUCAAGGCAACUGACCCAGAUCAGGGUGGUAAGAGUAAAGUAUCUUACGCAAUUGACCGAUCGUCAGAUCGUAAGCGUCAAUUCUCAAUAAAUCAAGAAGGCACUGUCAGUAUACAACGUUCUCUAGAUAGAGAAGAUACCCCGCGCCAUCAGGUGAAAAUCUUAGCUAUUGAUGACGGUGUACCACCGCGGACUGCAACAGCUACUCUGACUGUAAUUGUUCAAGAUAUCAAUGAUAAUGCUCCUACGUUCUUAAAAGACUAUAGGCCUGUUUUAACGGAGCACAUUACACCUAAGAAGGUAGCCGAAAUAUUGGCCACUGAUGAUGACGACAGGUCAAAGAGCAAUGGCCCGCCUUUCCAAUUCCGAUUAGAUCCGGGGGCGGAUGACAUCAUUAGAGCUUCAUUUAAGGUAGAACAAGACCAAAAAGGCGCCAAUGGAGAUGGUAUGGCCAUUGUGUCAUCUUUAAGAUCAUUCGAUCGUGAACAACAAAAAGAGUAUUUGAUUCCCAUUAUCAUCAAGGAUCAUGGAAAUCCCGCGAUGACUGGAACAAGCACACUGACUGUAGUCAUCGGCGACGUUAAUGAUAAUAAAAUGCAGCCAGGGUCGAAGGAAAUACUUGUCUACAACUAUCAAGGGCAAGCGCCUGAUACAGAAAUUGGACGAGUGUACGUAUACGAUCUGGAUGAUUGGGAUCUACCUGAUAAGAAAUUCUUCUGGGAGAGUACAGAACAUCCGAACUUUACUUUGAACGAAGAAACAGGUAUGAUACAAAUGAAACACAAAACUAGAGAAGGUCGAUACCACUUAAAAUUCAAAGUUUAUGAUAGAAAACAUACACAAACAGAUGUACCGGCUAAUGUUACGGUAUACGUCAAAGAAAUAUCGCACGAGGCUCUAAUAAACUCAGGAUCAAUACGAAUAUCAGGUAUAUCUGAUGAAGAUUUCAUUAGAGUGUGGAAUUAUAAGAUUCUUAGUGUAUCAAGAAGUAAAUUGGAUAUAUUCAAAGAUAAAUUAGCUGACCUGCUCAACACAGAACGUGAAAAUAUUGAUAUUUUCAGUGUGCAAUUGAGGAAGAAACAUCCUCCGGUAACUGACAUUCGGUUUUCGGCACACGGGGCCCACUAUUAUAAACCGAUAAGAUUAAAUGGUAUUGUGCUCAUGCACAGAGAGGAAAUUGAAAGGGCUGUGGGUAUUAAUAUUACGAUGGUUGGAAUAGACGAAUGCUUGUAUGAAAAUCAAAUGUGCGAAGGUUCGUGCACUAAUGUCCUCGAUAUAAGCAACUUACCUUACAUGGUUAACGCGAAUAAAACUGCGUUAGUUGGCGUCAGAGUUGAUGUAAUUGCUGAGUGUACAUGUGGAGCCAGGAAUUUCACCCAAGCCGAAACGUGUCGCAACUCACCAUGUUACAAUGGUGGAAGGUGUAUUGAAGGAAAAUACGGCCUAACAUGCUCGUGUCCACCUGGCUAUACUGGACCAAGGUGCCAACAAACAUCUAGAAGCUUCCGUGGCACCGGAUGGGCAUGGUAUCCUGCUUUGGAAAUGUGUGACAGUUCCCAUCUAAGUUUUGAAUUCAUAACUAGGAAAUCGGAAGGUGUUCUACUUUAUAAUGGACCUAUCGUUCCACCUGAACCAGAAGAAAUUAUGGUCUCUGAUUUCAUAUCGGUAGAACUGGAAAGAGGAAACCCUAGACUUUUAAUUGACUUUGGAUCUGGUACAUUAGAGCUUCGAGUAAAGACCAAGAAAUCCUUAGACGAUGGUGAAUGGCAUAGGAUAGACAUUUUCUGGGAUACUGAAAAUGUACGGAUGAUAGUUGAUUACUGUAAAUCUGCUGAUAUACAAGAGAUGGAAGAUGGAACACCACCAGAAUUUGACGAUUCUACUUGCCAAGCUACUGGUACUAUACCACCCUUCAACGAAUAUUUGAAUGUCAAUGCGCCUUUGCAAAUUGGUGGUUUAUACAUAGAGCACUUCGAUCCAACUCAUUAUCACUGGCAGUACAUGCCCAUUGGAAAAGGGUUUGAUGGUUGUAUACGAAACCUCAUCCAUAACAGCAAAUUAUAUGACUUAGCUCAUCCAGGCUUGUCCAGAAACUCAGUGGCCGGGUGUCCCCAAACUGAAGAAAUUUGCAACCAAGCAGAUACUACAUCCAGAUGUUGGGAACAUGGAACGUGUGUUGGAAGCUUCUCUGAGGCUCGAUGCCAGUGCCAACCGGGGUGGACUGGACCAUCCUGCAAUUUGCCAACAACUCCUACAAGCUUUAGACCUCAGAGCUACGUAAAGUUUGCUUUAAGUUUUGAACCAGACCGAUUCAGCACUCAAAUCCAACUUAGAUUCAGAACUCGUGAACCACAUGGUGAAUUGUUCAGAGUAAGCGAUCAACACAAUCGAGAAUAUGGCAUCUUAGAAGUAAAGGAUGCGCGACUGCAUUUCCGUUACAAUUUGAACUCGCUUCGUACCGAAGAGCGUGACGUUUGGCUAAAUUCAGUCGCUGUAGAUGAUGGUCAGUGGCAUAUAGCACGCGUCAGCCGAUACGGAAGUGCCGCGACAUUAGAAAUCGAUGGCGGAGAAGGAAGGAGAUACAAUGAAACAUUUACUUUCGAGGGUCAUCAAUGGUUAUUAGUUGACAAGCAGGAAGGCGUAUACGCCGGUGGAAAGGCCGAAUAUACUGGCGUUAGAACGUUUGAAGUCUAUGCAGACUUUCAAAAGGGAUGCUUAGAUGACAUUAGGUUAGAAGGCAAGCACUUACCUUUACCUCCUGCUAUGAAUGGGACGCAAUGGGGUCAGGCAACAAUGGCAAGAAACCUGGACCGUAAUUGCCCGUCAAAUAGCCCCUGCAUAAACGUCCACUGUACUGAGCCGUUCGUCUGUGUAGACCUCUGGAAUGAAUACGAAUGCACGUGUCCCGGGGGCUCGGUCCGCGCCGGCGGGACUUGCGUCAACGUGAACGAGUGCUUGGAGAAUCCUUGCCUGAACGGAGGCUCGUGCGUGGACCGCGAGCCGGCGCGCCGCUACGACUGCGUGUGCGCAUUUGGCUACACCGGCCAUGACUGCGAGCUGGAACUACUGGCCUCCGGAAUCAUCACGCCCUCCAGAGAUUUCAUUAUAGCUAUCAUUGUCUGUUUAUUUUUGCUUUUAGUUCUGGUGCUGGUAUUCGUGGUAUACAACCGUCGGCGAGAAGCUCACAUCAAAUACCCAGGCCCGGACGAUGACGUCAGAGAGAACAUCAUUAACUAUGAUGACGAGGGCGGCGGCGAGGAUGACAUGACGGCCUUUGACAUCACCCCGCUCCAGAUACCCAUCGGUGGACCCUUGCCUGAUCAUGCACCAACGAAACUGCCAUAUCCAUUAAUGAGCGUUGGCCUCGGCGUGGGUCCGAUGGGCGUGGGCGUGGGCGUGGCCCCAGGCGUGGGGGUGCCUCUGCCAGGGGAGACCAACGUGGGCAUGUUCAUCGAGGAGCACAAGCGACGCGCCGACAGCGAUCCCAAUGCCCCGCCGUUUGACGAUCUUCGCAACUACGCGUAUGAGGGCGGUGGCAGUACUGCUGGGUCUCUGUCGUCUCUUGCAUCUGGUACUGACGACGAGGUGCACGACUACGACUACCUGGGCGCGUGGGGCCCGCGCUUCGACAAGCUGGCCGACCUGUACGGGCCCGACAUGGACGAGCAGCUGUAGGCCCCGCGCCCCGCCCCGCGCCGCCCGCGCACAUUUAGUCAAUUGUCUCCCACUAUCGUUCCCACUAAACCGCCAUAAAGCUGCUAUCUCGGGAGCCACACUCCUUCCUCGACUCCCACUUACCGCGGACUUUCAUUUUGUAAAUAAACCAGCGAGCCCAACUCAACUACGGCCGCGACUUGUAACUCUUAUCAAUUUUAUACGACUUUAUUUGUAGUAGAAUGUUUAGCUUAAGUACUCGUUUAAGGUAACUAUUUAAUUGCGUCGUUUUUAUAAAGUUUAAACGUAUAUCUUCACCAAAUAUUUGAUAUAAGUUAUUAUUCGAUUUAGCCAUAUUAUGAGUCAGUAUUUUAUUGGAAGUUACUGAGUUAAGCGGAUUUCUGCUGGAGGGCCAGUCGUGAAUCUGAUCGUGGGUGUUUGUAGAUAGUGUGCUAUAAAUGUGAAUAAUUUAUACGAGUAUUUUGUAAGUCCACAGCUUUACGUGAUAUCACUUAACAUAUGGCCCUUAAGCAUUAAAUCAAUAUUAAUCUAGGUUAAGAGAAUAUGGUUAUAUUUUAUAAUAACAAUAAAAAUAGAUAAAGCGGUCCAUUCGGACAUCGAGUUUAUAGUGCUCAUUUGAAAUGUGACAGGGGGAUGUAAAUACAAUAAUAACUGACACUAACCCCUGUCUUUAUCUAAAUAUGAACCUAUUGAAAUAAUUCAACUCUAAAUUGUAAGUGAACUGUACAGUAACUGGUGUUCCUCUCCUAAUGUCUCCGUGUAGUGUUAGAUAUAGAUUACCUGGAAAUGACUAAUCUACGGUAGAUAAUUAUAAAGUCAUGGGUCGUGGAAAGUUUUCAGUUGGACUGAAUGUGUAUGGAUGUAAGUUAUGUUCGUGUGAGUACUGACGACAGCGAGGGUGACGCGUGUCAGGGAAGAUUGAAUGGGCGAGAGAAAUAGACGGCACUGCAGCUUCAGAGCGUUGUUACUUAUAAAAAUCUCGUAUCGAUCAACAUAAGUUUAUUAUAAUUUAAUACUCUGAUAAAUUUGACUUGUUUGGAAUUAUGAUCUCAUCAAACGCGUUUAUAGUUAUAAGAAAAUGCACCUUUAUCGAGACUUAAAAUAAUUUUACAUCGCGACACGGUCCUGUGUCCCACUCAGGAAAGAAUCUCAUGAACAAGCUGCGCGAGCGCCGGUGUCGGUAUGAAUGGGACUGUGCCAAUUUAAAGCAUUAUCGAUGCAGCUAUGUCGGUAGUCUUAAGUGUUUGCACUUUAUUUAUUCGUAUGUUUACAUAUAAAUUUAGUCGCACCUAGGAAAAUAUCAAUAUCUUAAUAAGAGUGUUGUGCUAGAGUAUUACCCUAUCGAUUUUGACGUGAGAUAGUUGUUCGAAACCGUUAGAAGUCACUAAUUUAUAGAUUAAUUUUUAAGAAUUUAUAUUUAAAUAAUUUAAUAAAAUAAAAGUGGUUCUAGCAACUGUGUCACAUCGACAUCGAAUUACGAUCAGUGUACAUUAUAGAAUAUACUGAAUUGCGUUAAAAUGACUGAUUUUAUUAUGCGUUUGAAAGCCUAAGAUUUAGUAAAUUCGGUUGUUUAAUUAUAGACUUUGAAUACCUUACUGUAAGGUCACCCUCUAGUUUGCACUGGACAAAUAUAUAAGCAUUAAGAUACAUCCAUAUUAAAGCAAUUCUCGUUAAUUACUAUUCGUAAGUAGGCAUUGAUACUAGUUAGACUGAGGAAGAACAUCACGUUUUCAUUAUUUUAUGUUAAUUAAUAUCAUUACACUGCCAAUAUCGUACAUAUAUUUUAGACAACUACUAUAGUGAUUUCAGUCCGAUUUUGUAUUUCAGUCUUAUACAACACAUUUAUAUUGUAAGUUUUGGACUAUUUUAUAAAUGACAUUUUCCCUUGGAAGUGCUAUGCGGCACACUAUGCUCGGUUCGUUCUGUCUUAAAGCUCUGCAGUGUUUAAGCGUGUGUCUAGAGUUAAUUCCGUCGGUGCUGCAGCAUAAAAAUCGCAACAUACAUGACGCUUCUACGUAAAGGGAUUCCUGUGCGAAAAUUUCAUGUAAUAAACCGGUUGGCGACGACGAAGAUAGUAAAAAUAUAAUUUCGUCGUGUACAAUUUUGUGCCGCAGCGCCGCGGAGGUCCAGGCGCAUUUUUUUACAAACUCCCAAAAGCCUCCUUUAUCGUAAGUCGCCGUCGUGGUUGUUCAUUUAUUUACACCGCGUUAUAAAUGGUCACAAGGGAAAAAAGCGAUACCCGCGAGUUAUUCUCGUGAUUAACGCGAGCAACAGCUGUGGCGGCGGCGCCUGACUUUAUAUUCCAGUGAUAACUUCGGACGGUUGCCGGUUGAUUUUUAACUAUUAGCAUAUGCAAAGUCAAACCCUUAUUAUAGAUAAAACAAUGACAUAACAAUAAGAUAUUAUAUUAAGACCUAGACUCGCAGCUGCGUAAUAGAGCAGGGCGUGAAAAUUGCCAGAGAUAUGACAGUUAGACAUUUGGGAGUAUAAUAAUACUACUAGCAUGUAAGAAUGCUGUUAAUCUCUAUCCAUAUUAAGCCCUAAUAGUUAUGAUAUUUCUCUAGGCAACCUAGGUUGUUAAGCAGCGUCAAAUCAAAUGUAAUUUUUCGAACGCAUUUCUGUAUUUUCCAAGGCUUUCACGCCGCGUCGUAAAGUGCUUCUACGCACGUUUGCAAAGCAGAGGCAAUACUCCGCGGAACUAUUUCGAUAUAUUCGACUCGUUCACACCAAAAGGAAUGCAGGCAUGCGUGAGAGAGACGGAUAAGAUCGAAAUUGUUCGCAAACAAAACCCGCAGAGCACACAACGCCAGUACAAAGACAAUGUAUGCGGGUGCUAACACGCGCCUGCCGGUGCACUCAAGUUUUAUUUUAGACAUUAAUAUUAUCUAUAUAUAGUUAUGUUUGGUUUCAACUGUGAUUAUUUAGUUGUACAACUCUGAUGAUUACAUAAAAGAAUGAAUAAAAAUAUGUAAAAAU